AAACAUGUAUCAAAUGCAAUAGAGCGUGAACACGCUCGGCACGACUGUCUCAGUCUGCGAGCGCCACAGCUCCUUGUGACCUGAAAUGGAUCAACAUUAUAUGUUUGUUGCUCUCGCAUCAGCAGCAUGGAUCUGCAUGAUGUUAAGUGGCGGCAUGCGGUUUGGCGCGAAACACGAAUGCGACCUCUUUGGCAGCCUCGGCCUUUCUUGGCUCCCCUAUCUGGCACAGCUUAGCUUCUUUUCCUGCUCGGCGGCUAACUUUGUGGAGCAGCUGAAAGUGUGGCAUGAUGCACGGCUGUACCGGCUGGGCGCCCUGCUGGGAGGAGUCCGGUGGAGCAAUCCGUGUCAAGCGGCUGGCGGCGGGACAGCAGCAGCAGCCGCUGCAGCAGCACCUGUUACAGGCAGCCAGGAACGCGACCGCUCCAAACUCGUCUGUUAUGCCCUCGGGCCACGGAUGGCGGCGGAACCCCCGGCGUUGCAGCAGCCAGCAGCGCGGAACGUCGCGGCCACAACGACGGACGAAAGCCUUGCACGCGCUCUCGCGCCCGCUGCCCGAAUGGGCUGCUGCUCGGCAGCAGUUUUGUACCAGGGGAGCUUUGUACGCCGCAGCCUCCUCUGAGGCCCCUGAGCUGCCAGCGAUGCUGCACGGUUUCCACGUGAGGGAGGGAGCAACCGGGCGCAGCAACCUUGGGAGCAACCUUGGGAAGCACGGAACCCAAGCCAGUUGAUGUUCGCCGACCCGCCGUCUCGCCGUAUCACCUCGCGCGCGCGCUGAGACCCUGGAACGCAUGAUAAUAAGAAAGCGCAGCACAGCGUUAGCGCUGUUGCUAGCCUGUGCCGCCUGUGCCGCGUGCGCAGCGACCUCUUCCGGCCUCGCCUUGGACCUUGAGUCGAGCAUCACUGAUGCCGUCGGGUCUGGCGCUUCGGCUUCCUCUUCCGCUGAGGACGUGCACAAUGACGCCAGUGUAGCUGCGGAUGCGGAGGGCGUUGCUGGGCUGCUAACGGUGCUCCCAGAGCGCCGACACUUGCUUCAAGGCUGCCCCACCGGAGGUUGCGGAAAGCCGCCCUCGCCGCGCCCUCCCAAGCCGCCGCCGCCCACGCCGCCCACGCCACCGGUGCCCUUCCCGCCGCCGCCGCCGCCCGCCCCCGGUAGCACCGGCGGCAGCUGCCUGUGCAUAGGCACGCCACCCACCACCUAUGACCCCUUUGCCCAGCUGGUCUACCCCUUCAAUCUCGCCGGCACCACCACCUCUGCCGGCACGUUACGCAUCGGGCUUCUCAACACCGGCACGCAGCAGGCCCUGCGGCUGACCACCACCCUCGCGUCCUCGCCCACACCCUACUACUUUGGAUAUAGCAACACUAGGUUUACUCUGAAGAUGGGCGUGGCGCCGGCGCCGCUGGCGGACCCCGGCCAGUGCCCCAACACCUUCCAGGUGUUCGCGGUCCCUGACUCGAGCAUUCCCAGCAUCACAGUGGUUGCGCAGCUGGACAUUACGAACCUGGUGCCGGACUGCUCAGACCCGGCACAACAGACCGCGGCGCCCAAAGUGCUGAACGCGUUUGUGACGGCCCAGGUGGCGACAAAGGCAAACGCGGCCGCGAACGUUCAGAAGACAGCCUGGGGUGGCGACGUGGAGCUGUCCGCCUGCCCCGCACGCAUGGCCUCUGUGCCCGUGUUCUGCUGUGCUUGCGCACCCCCUCCCCCGCCUCCUCCCCCUCCACCACCACCGCCUCCGCCACCUCCCCACCCGGACAUGAACCUGCAUCAAAACCCACGUUAUUAUUGAUCCCCGACCUACCGUGACCCUGCAGACCAAACUGUCCUCCUCCUCCUCCUCCGCCGCGCGCCGCCUCCUCCUCCUCCUCCCCCGCCGCCGCCGCCUCCUCCACCUCCCCCGCCGCCGCCUCCUCCUCCUCCCCCGCCGCCGACGCA